UUCUGUUAUUCAUUAAAUUUUUAAGAAACCUGCUUGUUUCCUAUUUCAUAACCUAUAAAAGUCAUACAUAACCAUAUAUUAUUGUAAAAUUAAAAUCAAAACAGGAUGAAAAAUGAAUUGUAUCUGGAGACUCACACGUCAAAACAAAAUUAUGAUAAAACAUCAAUAUUAAAAGUCUCUCUAGAGUCACUAAUUACAUAUUGUGUAUACAAAUAUUGUAUUCCUCUUGAUAUAAAGCUUUACUUCGUGCAUACCACAGACAGUAGUGAUAAAACAUUAUUGAAUUUGCAAGCAGAACAUAUAGAUUUCGUCCAUAAAGAAGACAUUUGUUGGCAAGUAGCGUCUUGUUUGUAUCCAGUGAUAUUAUUUGACGAUACAAUAAUUACUGGUCUCUGUGCCGUUUCCAGACAUAUUUGUAGACACAGAACCUCUGCACAGUCUUCUAAUGAGUACGAUGAUGGUUUACUUAGCUUUAGACAAGGUUGUCUUCAAGCACCAAAUGAAGUGUCAAUAUGGACAAAAUUCUGUGAAGUUGAUUUGAUAAAAACAGUAAAAGAAUUACUCAGUGAGGAAAAGUUAGACGAAAUACCGAAGAGUUUGAUAAGAUUUGAAAAUCAUUUAAAUAAACCUGUUAAAAUUCAUAAUAUAUUUAAAGUAGCUAGAGAGUUGAAGAAAGAAAAUAUAAAAUCUAAAGUCCAUGUGGAUCACAUAAACAGUAGUACGAUAGAUAUAAAUGAACUGAAAGAUGAAGCAAGAAUGCCUAAACAUAGAAAAUGGAAGUCCAAUAAGAAAAAAUCUGAAAUAGAUAUUCCACUCAAAAUUGAAGAUCUGGAUUUGAAUCAUCAGUUUGCCGAAGGACCAUUUCUUACUCUAGCUGACUUAGUAUUACUUCCAUCAUAUCAUAUAAUUGUACAAAUAAUUGGUAAAAACAUGUUUGAAUCUCUAUUUCCAUUGACAUAUAAGUGGUUUUUGAAAAUUACAAAUAUUAAUGAAGUGAUAAGCUUAGAACUUAUUUUACAAACAAUUAAAGCUCUGCCUUUACCUAUAAUAAAAAGUCUAGAAAUACCUAAAAUAGAAGAUGUUAGUUUGUACAAAUCAGACCCCAAAAGACACAAUCCUAAAAGACGAUUGUUCACGAAGCCUGAAGAUAUAGAGAAAGCUCUGGAUGUUAUCGAAGAUGGAAUGGAAUUAGAUGUGAGUAAUUUGGAAUUUGAAGCACUUGACUGGAAAGAAAUUCCAGAUGGGGCAAAUCCUGCAGCGGGCCAUUUACCAGAUGAAAGGGUUGUAAGAAAAUCCCAACAAUUGGAGAACUUGUGUCAAGCGGUAAUCUCUAUGGCUCAGGACGGGAACUAUAUUGUUGACUUUUGCAGUGGCAGUGGACAUUUAGGGAUUCUUGUUGCUCAUCUCCUGCCAAAAUGUACAAUUAUAUUAUUAGAAAAUAAGGAACAAUCACUUUUAAGGGCAAGGGAUAGAGUACAUAAGAUGGGUCUGACAAAUGUUUAUUUUUUCCAAUGCAAUUUAGACUUCUUUAUAGGAAAGUUUGAUAUAGGAAUUGCUUUACAUGCUUGUGGGAUUGCCAGUGACUUGGUUUUAGACAAAUGCUUAAAAUCAAAUGCCAAAUUUGUUCUUUGCCCAUGUUGCUAUGGCUCUGUUCAUGCAACUGACAGGCUUGUUUAUCCAAGGAGUUCUAAAUUCAAAAGUAUGACAAUUGAUCAAUAUUUGUGCAUUGGACAUACUGCUGAUCAAACUCAUAAAGACCAUCCUUUGACUGUAAGAGGUGAAAGAUGUAUGGCUAUAAUAGAUUCGGAUCGUGCGAGAUUGGCUGAAGAACAUGGCUACAAAGUUACAUUAUCCAGAUUAAAACCUUUGUCAUGUACUGAUAAAAAUAAUUUGCUAGUUGGUGUACCGUCGUAAAAAAAAACUAGGCAUAUAAUUAUGAAAACAUUUUUAUUAUAAAAAAAUAUAUUAACAUAAUUUUUUUACUA